AUGCGGUAUACGGACAUCAGAGGUCAAACCGUUGCUGAGUGGGUUGCCGAGAACGAGCUGGUGGUCCUAAACGUAGGGGACAAACCAACAUACCUAGCAAGGGGCUACUCCUCAGUGCUGGACAUAACUUUUGCCACAGAAGAUGUCAGCCAAAAAAUUAAGCAAUGGGGCGUAAAAGAUAAUGAAUCUUUGAGUGACCAUAGAUACAUUAUCUUUAGGACCGAGGAGCAAAAGGGGAAGAUGACCUAUAAAAACAGAAGGUACAUCGGAUGGUGUACAUCUAAAUUGGACAAGCAAAAGCUGAACCAAAUAUCUGGCGAAAUCACCAUUGAUGAACACACAACCUCAGCAGACGGUUUCUCAAAAGUGCUGACACAACUGUGCAAUAAGACUAUGCCGAAAAGGCUAAUAACUCCUGGAAGAAAGAGUGCAUACUGGUGGAAUGAGGAAAUAGCACAACUGCGGGUAGACUGCAAUAAAGCUAGAAGGAUCUACACCAGAAGUGUAAUGGGUACAAAAUCGUGA